CUUUUAAAUAAAUAACAAUCUCUACACUUAAAUGUGAUCAACUUAGUCUUUCCAGUACAAGCCUCAACAAAGUGCAGAUUUGAAUUUCUUUAGUGUCAGAUAUAGAAAUAUUAUGAAACACAAACUGUCUGUAUCAUCUGUUAAACAUACAUGAGACAAUAUAAGAGUGACAUUGCAUGUCCAUUUUCCGCCCAAAGUCAAAUCUCAUUUAAUCAGCUGUUUUAUCUCUGCGGUGCAAGCGAUCAUGGGGCUGAAAUGUUUUGUCUGGAAGAUAAAAGUUGUUGGAUGGGGCUAAUUUAAAUGCCGAGAUCCCUGCUGGGAUCUUAAUUGAUGAUUUGUGUCGCGGGACAAGCUGCCCAGGGGCAAAACUGCAAACACAAAAUACUCUGACUUUAUUUGCAUAUUCCCCUUCAACACAUUACGAGCAAAUUACAAUCUGAGGUUCAAUACUGCAGGACCCAGAGCUCUUUUGGUCUAAUCACUAAUAAAAUGACUCGGUCGCCCUAAAUGAGGGAAGUGAACUGAGCAAAAGGAAGAUUGUAAACCAAUUGUGAUGCUUCUUGACUUGCAUAAAGCUAUUUAGAAAAUUGUCUACCAUUCUAAUGAAUCAUUUUUAAAGCCAAUCAUAGCACUAAUAAUUCAAAUGCCAAUUUUUCUACAGGUCUCAUUUGGAUUUUCAGAUCUUACACAUGUUUGUCUGUUGACAGUUAAUGAGAUACUGUAUCUGUGCAAAAUAAAAAAUGCAGGCUCAAAUGAGAAUUAUUCAUCAGCCUGUAGUCUGCUGGGGUCUUGUGUGUUCAAGGUGAAGCAAUAUGAGGCUACAUUGUUUUUCGCUCUUCUUAGAUGCACAGAGACAGAGCUCUGUUGUUACAGGCUUCCACCGCAAAGCCUUUGCUGAUCCUGAUGGCUCUCGGAGGAGUGUGGGCCUGUUAUUGCCGUUAGACGGCUGUGCAUCCAAAUGACCUCACUGUGCUGCUCUCCUACCGCUAGGCACGGCGGUCAAACUCCUCUCCUGGGAUCUGGAGACUGUCUGGAGGGCAGUGCGCUGUCGGACCGGCUCCAACUUCAGAUGCUCCGAUGCUGAGAACAAGCAGACUGAUCUCCAUGUGAAGCUAUCCCAUGAUGCAACAUGUGUCCCCAGCACCAGCAUUGACCAUGAUGGCCACACAGAGCGUCCCUCCACCAUCGUACCAGGAGAGCCAACAGAUGACAGGCACUACGCAGCAAAACUCAAAGGCCCAGCAUGUCCACCUCUCUGCAGCCUCAGCGGCAGGGGCCACACAGGUCAGCGUGACCCUUGACCCCCAAGCCCAACUGGAGUCAGACAAACGAGCCGUUUACAGACAUCCUCUUUUUCCUCUUCUGGCGUUGCUGUUUGAGAAGUGUGAACAAGCCACGCAGGGAUCAGAAUGCAUCACCUCCGCCAGCUUUGACGUCGACAUCGAGAACUUUGUCCACCAGCAAGAACAGGACCACAAGCCUUUCUUCAGCGAGGACCCUGAACUAGACAACCUGAUGGUAAAGGCGAUCCAGGUGUUGCGGAUUCACCUGCUGGAGCUGGAGAAGGUGAACGAGCUCUGUAAAGACUUCUGCAACCGUUACAUCACCUGCCUCAAGACCAAGAUGCACAGUGACAAUCUGCUACGGAACGACCUGGGCGGCCCGUACUCACCAUCACAGACCAACCUCGGCCUGCAGCAGGACCUGCUUCAGAACUCAUCCCCAUCCCUCACCUCUGUCUCCAGCACAGUAAACCCCUCUGGGAUCGUGGUCCCUGCCGGUUCACUGCAACAGAACAACGUUGCCAUGACCACUAUCAACUCUCAGGUGGUCUCAGGCGGGACGCUGUAUCAGCCGGUGGCAAUGGUUACCUCACAGGGGCAGGUGUUGACCCAGGGGUUACCACAUGGAACCAUCCAAAUCCAAAACAAUCAGGUGAACCUGGACUUGUGCUCACUCUUGGACGGCGAUGACAAGAAAUCAAAAAACAAAAGAGGUUUUUUUUUUUUUUUUUUUGUCCUUCCCAAACAUGCCACAAACAUUAUGCGUUCCUGGCUCUUCCAGCAUCUCAUGCAUCCUUAUCCUACAGAAGACGAGAAAAGACAGAUCGCAGCACAAACAAAUCUUACCUUAUUACAGGUGAACAACUGGUUUAUCAACGCCCGCAGGCGUAUACUGCAGCCCAUGCUGGAUGCCAGUAAUCCCGACCCUGCUCCCAAAGCCAAGAAGAUGAAAUCUCAGCACAGACCCACGCAGCGCUUCUGGCCCGACUCCAUUGUAGCUGGAGUCCUGCAGACACACGGAUCCCACUCCUCAAACAAUUCAGAGAAUUCUCUUGGCAUGGACGGCCUGCAGUCUCUGUCCUCAGACUCCGCCACGCUGGCGAUGCAGCAAGCCAUGCUGGGAGGAACUGAGGAUUCCAUGGACGGCACAGAGGAGGAGGACGAUGAAGAGGAGGAAGAGGAGGGAAUUGACGAGGAGGAAGAUGAAGAUGAAGAAAUCGAGGGAGGCAGACAGAUGGCUCGGAGAGAUCUGGGCCUCAACCACAACGAAGGACUUGAAUUUGCCAGCAUGUCCAUCGCCAAUACGGCUGCCCAGGCGAUGCUCUCUGAUGCCCUUCUGAGGGACAGUAAUGGGGACAAUCGCAUUCGAUACCUGGAGCUGGAUUUGCCAUUGGAUAAAGUCAUCAAGUUCAUUUCUGUGGGCCUGCCGCUCCUUCUGGUGUCCAUGGCCUUUGCCAGAGAGAUUUCUAUUGGCCCACAGAUUAGCUGCUUUCCACCCAACAACUUCACAGUGAAGCAGGCAGCAUAUGUGGAUACGUACUGCUGGGACUCUCUCAUGCACCAUGAGUUUGACACAGAUGAGAACUUAGAAGAACGUUCACUGUGGGUUCAUAAAAUGUUUCCAUACUCCUUAUUGGUCAUGGCCAUGAUGAUGUACCUGCCGGCUCUGAUCUGGCGCUAUCUGGCCGUGCCCAGCUUGACCUCUGACCUGUUCUUCAUCAUCGACGAGCUGGACAAGUCUUACAACCGCUCUGUCCGCCUGGCUCAAAGCAUCCUGGACCUAAAACAGCACUCAGAAAACCCACUGCAGUUUCAGGCUGAGCUUGAGAGAGCCAAGCGCAAGCGUUAUUUUGAGUACCCCCUGCUGGAGAGAUACAUGCAGUGCAAGCAUGGCUCCUACUUCCUGGUCAGCAUGCUCUUCCUGCGAGGCUUCCUGCUCCUGACCUUCAUGUCCGCCUCGUGCCUCUACCUGAUCUACUUCCACCUCUCCGCCUUUCUACAAGAUGAAUUCAGCUGCUUUGUGCGCACCGGCCUCCUCCGUGACCAGCCCUGGGUGCCUGAGCUAGUUCAGUGUAAAAUGACUGGCCUACUUGUGUUCCAAGUCAUUAGCAUAGCUAACGGUGCCGUCUAUGUGCUGCUAGCUCCUAUUGUUCUCUUUAGCCUGCUGCGUUUGUUCUGUUGGGACACAACCUUCCUCUCCCUUUAUGAGGUGCUGCCAGGAUUGGGGCUCAUGAGCGGUCAGAAACUGGGCUGCCCGCUUAACGAUCUCAACGUGCUGCUUCUCUUUCUGCGCGCCAACGUAGCGCAGCUGCAAUCGUACAGCCGCCUGAGGGCCGUUUGCUCCCUCGCUCCUCCUCGGCUGAAGGGUGCUAAGGGCGUGCUGAUGGGGGAGCAGGCCGAGGAGGCUGCGGAGGCUGCCGAGGAGCUCGAGGAGGAGAUUAGAGAGGCCAGAGAGGAGGGCAAACUCAAUCUAGUAGACAUCAUGACUGUGCUGGGAGCAGCCAGAGGAAACGCUGUGAACUGUCCAGAGCAGCGCCCUCUUGUGGAACAAGACAUGACGCUUGAGCCUAACCACCAGGGGUACCAUGAGUUGAAGGAGACUACAACAUGUUGUUUUGCCUAAAGCACCAGCCAAUGGACUGAAGCAGCACUGUCAGACUCUAGAGGGCCCCGUAGAACAGCUAAACCUCUGAGAUGAACUAAAGAUGAAGAUAGACUAGAACAUCCAAUAGCUAAAAAUUCCUCCAUUAUAGUCCAGAAUCAAACAAAUCUGGAUUUAAAAUAAUUCUUAUGGAUUUCUUACACAGAGCACCUCAGGAAUAAGAACUAAAAGUCUGUACUGACAAUUCGAAAAGCCUCCAAUAGUUAAGCCUUCUUAAACUUGAGCAUUUUUAUAUCUUUAUUUAUUCUUUUCAUUCUUAUUAUCUGAUGUUUGUGGAUUCCAUGCUUCUUUGAAAACUGGAUGCUUUACUUGACCUUUUAUUCUCUUUUGUAAGUAUAGUGAAAUAAAAUUUGUUUGUAUUUGUG